AUUUAGUUCAAUAUUAAUAAAAACAAUUUGACAAAAUGAUUCCUUUAAUAUAUGGUACAAUUUAUAAAACACCCGAUGACUAUAAUCCGCCAGAAGAAACUAACCUGGCCGACAAUACCAACUAUCCAAACUUAAAUUCACGCGACUACGCUAAGCGUCCUCUAAAUCACAAUGUGCGAAUGCAUGAGGCCUGGGAAUGCAUUAGUAUAAGCACAAAGGAUGUGGAAGAAAAGGGCAAUGUGGCUAUUGCCACCAACAAAUUAAGUGGACGUAAUUGGUUAGGUACAUUGUGGGCCUUUGAAAAGAGUGAUAUUAAGAAUGAUAAAAACUCAAUAGAUAUGUCCACAGCUUGCUAUAAGUUGGAGUGUCCAGCCGUAAUAAACUGUAUCGAAUUUGUGGAACCAAAUAUUUUGCUGUUAGCAUUGAACUCGGGGAAACUUCAAGUUUGGUCAACCCAAUCUGAAGUGCGUAGUCCGAAAAAUCCUUACUGUCCCUUUUUGAUUGGUGAAAAAUGUGAACAUAUGAAACCCAUUACCUGUUUAUCGGGCUUUAAAACAAACGACUAUAAGGCGGUAACUGGCAGUAAAGAUGGUGCUUUAAAGAUCUGGGAUAUGGGUAAAGCUGACUUAUUUUCCCAACAAAGUUAUCGCUAUGCUCAUACGGAUUCAAUAACAGGCUUGACUUCAUCUCCCACAAAUGAUGCUAUAUUUACAACCUGUUCUUUGGACAAAUCAUGCCUGCUAUGGGAUGAUCGUGAAACCAGACCGGCAAUUGCGCUAUUCUGCGAACAUAAUGUGCGUUUUAAAACCGUAAGUUGGGCUUUAGAUCCUGUGGAAAAUUGUGUUUAUUUAGGCGAUGAAUCCGGUAAUGUGCUGACGGUUGAUACGCGUAAACCUAAAGAGUUAUUAAAUAAAACACAAUACUUUGAUCGCCCUAUAAGAAAAAUUUCACCAAACGGAGAUAAUUUAGCGGUGACGGCCGAUUCAAAUUGCAUUAAAGUUUCCAAGGCAUCUACACAUGAAAUAUUCUAUGAAAAUGAUUACAGCCAGAAUUUCAUACGAGACUGUGCUUGGCUAACGCCUGCCGAGUUACUAACGGUUGGGUUUGAGGGAAAAUUGCGGGGUCAUGAAAUAAAUUAAUUAAGUCUAUAUCAUAUUAUAAAAUGCAAUACAACAUACUUAUUAAAAACACUCUAGUAAUAAAUAAUGGAUAUUACAGAGCCUAGAACCAUAGCAUUUGUGAUAAUAAAAUAAAGCAAAUAGGCUGGAGAGUAAUUUAUAUUAAGAAGGGUCUUCAGGAAGUCGAGUAUUUGCAAAAUUUAUCAGAAGGUAUUUCUUCUUGUUUUAUAAUUUCUUCAUUACAUAGUUAAACAUUUAACUUGAUUUAUAAUACUUUUAAUAUGAAUUAAAUACAUAUAAAUAAUAAGUACAAUUAGUAAUCCGUCAAUUUGAUGAAAAGGGUAUUUGAUCAUUUACAAGAAAUAUUCAAUACCGUGAAUUUUUUUAAUUUUUUAAAUACAUUUUUAUAUAUAUUUUUUUUAAAUAAAUAUAAAUUAAAGUACUA